GCUCGAGCGAUGGCAACCGCCACGUUCGCCGGCGCCGACAGCCCGGUGGCGCCGAUUGCCGCCGCGAUCCGAACGUCCAUUGAGAGGCACAGUCAAGCGUCGAAUGAUGCGAUGCCCCAGUGCUACAUGUGCAUGGAAUCAACAUGCGACAUGGUCGACGGGUCUCCCCUCGAACUCAUCUCGCCGUGUCUGUGCCGGUCUGUCGUCCAUCGCAAGUGCUUGAACCAUUGGCGCGCCACGUCCAACACGUACAACGCGAUGACCCAUUGCCCCACAUGCAAGGAAGCGUACGAAACCAUCGCGACGGCACAAGUCGUGGCGCUCGAGCGGCCGAUCUUCUGGGCACAAGUGUCGCGCGUGGUCGUGUUUGCAGCCAUUGUCCUCGUGGGCAGUUGGGUCGUUUUGCUCGUGGACGCCGGGACGCCCAAGUUUAUGAACCUUCACUGGAACGCGUUGGACGGCAAGAUCUACGCUUGGGUCGGGCUCCCGAGCGUGCCGCGCUACCUCGUCUACGUCGUGUUGAGUUUGGCCAUGACGUUGAUUGUGAUGGCGAUCGUGUGGGUCUUGCGAUGGUGUGCGCGUAGCCGAUUUGAAUCGUACAACUGCGACUGCACCUUGUGCUGCUUCUCGUGCGACCACCACGACCACCAACACACGAGCUGCCACGACUGCGGCUGUGGCGACGGCUGCGGUGACUGUGACGGCGGGUGCAGCGAAGCCAUGGUGAUCGUGGUCGUGGUGGCGGUUGUCUUGGGCGUGUUCAUAGGCGUCGCCAUGCUCAUCAUGGCGCUUGUCGGCGGCAUUGCGAACGCCGUCGACAGCGCGCGAGAAAAACGCAUUCGCAGCCUCCAAGUCCAGCAGACCAGCGUCCGCAACUUACGAACGAUCACGUCCGUGUAAUGACGAAGCGGCGGCGUUGUACAGCAUUCAACAUUCAGUAGGAGCGAGAGGCGGCUCAUGCCAUAAGAUAAUCGAGACACGAUGUCGUAUAGCCAAA